AUGACAUCCCCCAAGGUGGCCCUUUCGCCCGAUGCGGUGGCUCUCAAGCCUCAUGAUCUCUCGACUUCCCCUCCUCCGCCUGGCUCCCCAAUGCCACCCAUGGCGUCGCUCUCCUCCUCCCAGCCCUCACCACCGGCGGAAGUGGAGGCCACCUUGAGCAAAUUAACAUCUCACAGAAACGUGACUGGCUGCUUGGUCCUUUCCAGACCCGACGCUUUGGUCAUCAGAGCCGGUGGAAAAGACUUUGACCCCAGUGGACCAGGAGCUGUAGAGAGGGCAGACAGACUGAGAAAGGUUACGAGGAUGGUCAGGAAUGUGACGGCAUGUUUGGACAAGGAGAUUGCAGAGAUCGAGGAAGGUGUGAGUGCAGCAGUGGCUACCUCUGGUCCUGGUCGCAGCGUCAGCGGAGGCGCUUGCCCAUCUUCGCUCGAACGCAGCUCACACACGCCCACUUGCGCUGUAUAGGACGAGUUGGGAUUCUUACGCAUCAGGACGGGCCGCUACGAGAUGAUGAUCUCACCCAGUGAGUCUGGCAGAGGAAAAAGGCACGCGGCAAAGCUUCCCUGAUCUCCAUUUUGAUAGCUGACCCUCCUCACGCGUGCGCAUUACAGGCGAAAAGUACUUGCUGGUGGUGUUGCAGGUAAGUCUGCAGAAGCCCAGGUGACCAAAACCUCAAUCUCAUUCUACCUCGACCUACCUCGACGCCCCGCCCUGACUUCCAUCUCUCUGCCCCACAGGACCCGACUCUGGCUCCUUGA